UCUGUGUUUUGAUUUAUUGGCAACAACUUGAGAGAAAGUUGUGCCUGAAAGACUAAACUCAGGGCUAUAGUCCAGAUAGCCUACAGUCAGGAAGUGCUGUUGAGAGUCACGCAGUGGAAAGAUUGUUGCACAAUUUCAUUUGCUCCCAGCAUUUAUUCCCUUUUUGGGCGUCAAGAAACUUCCAGCGCCAUUAAACCUGGCAGCAGCAAAGAGACGCCACCCCAUCACACUGAUCCAGCACCCACUUCAGCACUGAAACCAGCCGUUGCUGUCCAGUGAUGCCCUUGUUUCGGGCCUCGGGUGAGCGUGGGGUAAAGGCUCGGCCCAGACGAAGGAGGACGAGGAAGACGGAGUGGGCGGGGAGUUACGGGAAGACAGAUGAAGAUGGCUCUGUCCCCUCAUUGACAAGGCUGUGUCUGCUGAGCCUCGCAGACAACAUGAAGGAAGUGUGGGUGAAAGAUUAUGCUGACAAAUACUUGGAUCAUUACUCAUUCAGGCACAUCAUGGGGCCUUUCAACUUACUGCCGGGUGAGCUGGUCGAAGAGCUGACGUGGUUGCUGUGUACCAGGAAGCAGUUGUCCAGAGCAGCCCUCCAUCUCCUGCUGGUCCCCCAGCUACGAGGUCUGUCUCUGGAAAGGUGUCCUGGUCUGGCCACCUCCGCUGUCUGUGGCUACAUUGCUGCGCGUUGCCAGGCUCUGCACAGUCUGGACCUAUCAGGAGCCCAGCAGCUGCCUUCAAAGAUCCUGUCUGAAACCCUCCGCCAUCUACCUGCCCUGCGCUCACUUUCCCUGGCUGGUACGUCCUGUGACAGAUGUGUCAUCAGGACCGUCACCCUCCACUGCCCUUUGCUGCGCCAUCUAGAUGUUUCCCGCUGUAAUUUCCUUUCCCCUGCUGCACUGCUUCCUCUUGGAGGUGGGCCCUUCUGUUCCUUCUCUAGCAGUCCUUCAUCUUUUCGCUUCACCUCUACAUCUAAAUCCUCUAAUUCCCCUUCCUGCUCUGACCCCUCUUCCUCCGUUUCCACACCUCUGUCUCCUCUCCCCCUCGGUAGUCUACUGGCUCUUCAUAUUGGGUUUGGGGAACAGGAGGGAGAUGCGGUGGCGGCUGCAGCCUACCUGCUCCUCUCCCUGCCCUGCCUGGAGAGAGUGGCCAUGGACGGCCUUUCUGGGGCAUGCUGUCUCAUCCAGCACGGAGAGUUUGGACAGACAGAUGAGUUCACCGAUAGAGAAGGAGUUCCCAGGCUGGACGAGGUGUGGAGGGAGAGGAGGCACAGGCAGGGCAUGGAUAGUUGGAGGAACAAGAGGGAAGGAGCAGCAGAUGAUGAGGAUGAAGACGAGGGGGAGAGCAUAUUGUGGGAGGGGUGUAGUAGUGAGAGCGAGGAGGAUGCAAGUAGAGACAAAAGGCCAAGCUGCUGUCAGAACCAAGCAGAGGGAAAAAGGAGAAGAAGAGUUUUGUCACAGUCAGGUGACGAACGUCUGACCCUGCGCCUGAGGGAAGUCAAGGGCUUAACUUUUGACUCUCUGGACAGUUUAGGCCAUUUAUGUCCAGACAUCUAUUCCUUAUCUGUCAACUGUGAUGAUAAUGAGGACACUAGAGGAAGAAGCCAGGGGUCUCUGUUAGCCACAGGCCUCUACACCUGGUCAGGCCAGCUGCGGAGCCUCUCAGUACACUACCCAGGCCCUCUGGUGGAUCUCCUUCCUGCCUUGCAAGUUGCAGGCUCCUCCCUGGUCUUUCUCACCCUGGAGGGGGUGAAAACCAGCCCUCACACCCCUCUACUGGAGGUCGUCCAGGCCUGUCCCAAACUCAGAGACCUGCUCAUCUCCACUGAGCCUCCCACCACACCACAGGAAGAAGAGGAAGAGGAAAAUGAGCGGGAUGAUCAGGAUCUUCCACGCCUGCCUAACCUCUGCUCUUUUACACUCAAUUUCUCUUAUGAGCACAGCCAAAUGAAGCCCGUCAUGUCCUGGAUGUCCCUGAGGAGAACGCUCAGGUGUCUCCUGACUGGUUCUCCUUUACUGGAGAAGCUCUCACUGGUGUCCUUGCCAUGCCCUCUGAACUGCGUUUUACAGGAUGUACUGCGCGUAGUCGACUUGGACCUGAAUCACUGUCUUCCCAUGCCGCUUGGACGGGUACAACAUCUUAACCUGCCACGGACAGAUGUGAAGAUGAUAACUGUGAAAAGCAUAAUGCAACGUAGCAAGAGACUUAAGUAUGUAGAUGUGAGUUACUGCUGGCAAAUCAGUCAGCUUGAGUGGAUUGACAGCAAGAAGUUCAGUAAAGUCCAAGUUGUCUGGGUGUAGUGAAGAGACUGGCAGGCUCUGAUACAGGAGCAACACUGCUGAAGGUGGAUAAAGUAUUCAAAUAAAAAUACAGUGCAUGUUGUUUACAGAGUCAAUUGUUUUAGUGUCUACGAGUUUAUGACUACAACACUAUAAAUUUGGUUAUUUUUGUAACUAAACUCCCAGACAGAUCGAUCUUUCUGCCUGGUAUUGCGAUGACAGUUUGUCCCAUGUGGGACUUAUUCCUACAGUGCCUUGAAUGAAUGGUAUUGUGUUUUAAAAAACAUCUUUUGACGAUCAGGUUGUUCUGAGGUUAUGGUGCGGUGUAUAAACAGACAAUAUGUAAUUUGUGAGCGAGUACACCAUUUCUAAUGUAGAAAGCUGUUUGUAUAUUGGUUACAUUUACUCUAUAUAACAGUUCAACUAAUGAAGUACACUAUUAGUAUUACAAGAAAUGAUAAGAAAUAAGUCUAUAUAUUUAUUUUGUUUUGUUAUCAAAGUUUGUAUUUCAGAACUGAUAUGCACUGAACAGAAGAUACAUUGAUUAUUUCCCCUUUUUCUUGUACUUUUGUAAUUUGCAAUAAAGGAGGGGAAAACGUUUUUCCUUGACUGUUAACA